UGCCAUGUCGGACACAGACCAGGAGAUUGCUCUGUGCUUGAUUGCUCUGGCCUCUAGAGUGCCUGGAUCAUGACAGACCCCGUAAAUGAUUUCUCAGCCUCCCGUUAGCAGGUCAUGGACAGCGGCUCUGAAUGGGAGGUGUGUGUCUGGUCCCAUAGUGUGUGUUUGUGGGCGUAAAUGACUUUAGACUUCUGCUAUUGAAAUGUUUUCAGUUGAGCUCCCAGAGACCUGGUGAAAUGGACAUCUGAUGCUUUCUUCAUCUCACAGUUCAAUGGCGUUCGUAGCCAUUUGCAUUGUGUAUCAGAUAGCUUUUUCAGGGAGGGAUAUGUAUCAUAAAAACACCUCACAGACACAUACACACGCAGACAAACAAACAUGCACGCAUGUAUGCACACACACAGACACUAAUCUGACAUUUUGGUAAAACAUACUGGUGGAAAUACUUUCCUAUGUAACAGUAACUUUUAAAUAGAACAGGAAGACACAGCGGUACAUUGCACUAGUUCAACCACAACCACAUACUGACCUAAAUCUUUAGUGAUAGGUUAUGUUUCCAUGACGACAUCACAGUAUUGAGCGGUUAUAUAGAGGUCUACUGAGUGGCUCAAUUCUCUUAUCUUACAGAAGACCUCAGCAACAAACUUCAGAGUGAAAUAAUCUGCUGUUCUUGAACUUUGUAAAGACUGAAGCUGUCAUAGCUCCAGGAUCUCUGGAAGUUCAACAUCUCUGCGGUUUUGAAAUGUCUUUGUUGAGUCACAUCCUUGUUCCUCCAGGACGGGCAGGUGUAGAGAAAUGUACCCAGGGACCCAGUAUGUCGAUGGGCAUGGAGAUUGUGGGCAUCGUCCUGGGAGUAAUGGGAUUAAUCACCACCAUUGUAGUGUGUGCACUCCCCACCUGGAUGGAGACAACCUUCAUAGCAGCUAACUUGGUCACCACGGAGGUGGUCUGGGACGGCCUGUGGAUAAGCUGUGUGAAGAGGAGCACAAGCCAGAUUCAGUGUGAGGUCUACGACUCCAUGCCAAGCUCCGCAUGGAGCUCCAACCUGCAGGCCACCAGAGCCAUGACCAUCAUGGCUAUUAUCCUGGGGUUUCUGGGAGUCAUGGUCACCAUGGUCGGGCACAAGACCACCAACUACAUUAAGUUGAUCAUUAUAACUGGAAUAUUCUUCAUCCUGGCUGGAUUUCUCAUCCUCAUUCCUGUCUCCUGGAAGGCCAGGGCAAUCCUCAGCGACUCCUCCAAUGAGUUGACUGGAGAGAAGAGGGAACUGGGGGGGGCGCUCUACUUCGGCUGGGGGGCUGCAGCCUUUCUCCUGAUUGGAGGGGCCAUACUUAGCAGAACUCUGUAUACAAGUGGAACAGAGGUCGCGGCCAUCACCACGGGGGUCAUAGGAUGGAUAAUCUCCAUGGUGACCUGGGCAUGUGCUUUAGGAAUGUUAGACCUUCUGCAGUACAGAAGGAAACUGAUUUUAUCCUUCUUCUCCUUCUCCUUUAUGCUCGGGCUGAUAUUAUUUUUAGGGCUGAUAUUCUUCCUCUACAGAUCAAAGUGCACUAACUGCAUCAAGAGGAAUCCGUCUGAAGCCGAAGUGAUUAACUUCAUUGGACUAUUGUUCAUCAUGGCUGGUUUAUCCCAGCUGAUCUUUACCUCCUGUGUUGCCUUCGACUUGACACAAAACGUGAACCCUGACAACUUCCUGCAGAGUAAUGGCCUUGUGUUUUCAGCUGAACCCGUUAGGUGGGCUGCUUCAAUGCUUCUAAUAGGAGGGACUAUACUCUGCUGCUGCUGCUGCUUUAAAAAAGAAAAGCCUGUGUUGAUCAUUGACUCUAUUGGCCUAAACCGGAUCUUACAUGUUUGUGAAUCUGAGGGCAGCAAAUAGUUGUCAGCAAUUAGAUGAUUGGUGAUGGAUACACUUCAUGGUCUGGACCCACACUGGACCCUGCAGGGUAAGAUUGCCCACCACUUGUCAAAACACUUGAAAGGUAGAUGUAAGCAUGUUGUAUAGGGCUGACUGAUGGGAUGUUUUAUAGGUGGUGGAAAUGACACCAAAAUCAAUAGUUUUUCCAUUAUUCUGAAUAAUAAAUGUUGUUAUUAUUCAACUCC